AUGGGUGUGCUGAUGACCCCCACUGACCCCGGGGCCCAAAUCAAUGGAAAACGCAUCAUUCUCCCUCUGGAUAUCACGUUUGAAGAGUGGAACAGUGGCGUCCGGCGCACCUGUCUGCUGGACCACGGCGAGCUGCUCGAGCCACUCAAAAGAGUCUAUGAGAGGAAGGAUGCUCGCGUGGUCCCAGCAGGACAGGGUGCGCCGACCGGCCACUGUUCCACUCUUCUCAAACGUGAUAUCCAGGGGAGAAUGAUGCGUUUUCCAGUGAUUUGGGCCCGGGUCAGUGUGGGUCAUCAGCACAACCCAUCUUCUAAUCCCUCAGGACAGAUUUGA